CUGAAACUUUCUGCGGAGUACUUUUCAUACAAUACACACGAUGGGGGAAACUGACGAAAAACCUGAAGUUGAUGUCGUUAAACGUCGUCGCCAUAUGUCGAGUGUUAUUCACGAUUCCAUUGUUUUUGAGGACGACAAUAGUGAGGACUCUGACGGCGAGAAUAAAAUCUACAGUUCUGAAGAGGUUCGAUCUAUCAUUGCGCGGUCUUACAUUUUGAUGACAAUUGGAACAGUAUCGAUUGGUUUAGGAGGAUCUCUAACAGUUCUUGGAUAUUAUUAUGAUACCAUUGGAUCAACUAUACCAGGAGUGGUUUUGUUUUUGUGGGCAAUAUUCUGUAUAUGCGCUGGAUGUUUGAAAUUUCGUCGUUCGAAGAAAAUAAAACGUGAAGGAGUAAUGGCUAGCGUACAAAGAGAUGGGUCGGUUCUGAAUUCGAUUGUAUUACCGAGUUUAUCUAUGCAUCAGAGCAAUGGGAUCUACGAUUCUCAACCUGAUAUGGCAUCUGAUAAUGCAGUUACAAGAUCGGCCGAUUCAAAUACGAAAGAUUUGCCAGAAAGUCCCCCUCCAUAUGCAGUAUAAUGUUUAUUGACAAAUCGAUUCAACAUGGUUCAUUCUGCCAAACUAUAUUUCAUUGCUUUUAUUGUAUGGUGGGUUUUUAUCACUUCAAUAUUCACCCACGAAUUUAAUGGUCGUAUUCAAUAAAUAGAAAACCUUAAUUGCGGAGCCAUUAUAAAAUGUUUUUAUACAUCAAGAAAUAAUUGGUGUCGUCAUGUACGUCCAAGGAAAGACGUUAUGACGCCAUAAUAGAUCUAUUGUCUAUGUCAUCUGAAGUCAUUAUAGAUUCAAUAUAUACUUGCCGUAACACCUUUUAUGAUAUUAUCCACUGGUUUAACAUUUGUAUAAAAUAUAAAAUAGGAUAUGUGCACAUACCACGUCAUGCUACCACAAACGGUGACGCCAUAAUACCCGUUUCUAAACGUGAGGGUGGGAGGUACUGGCACACGCAGCCUCUUACGCUAGUGAUUCCUUGUCUGGUGUCUUAUUCGGAUAGUCACUGUAAAAUGCCGGUAUACAUUUUGAACAUUCAAUUAACCAC